AUGCCCUCACGCCGAAUAGGUACCUUUGCCAUGACAAAGCAUUCCACGGAACCGAUUCCUCGACCGUGCGGCCCGCCGCCACCCGUCAAGAUUUACGAGAGCCUAGACGACCUGUUUCAAGAUAUCUGCACUCACGGACAGGCACACGGCUAUAGCAUCGUCAAGAAUGGGAAAAACGGACUCAAAUACAAGUUCAGAUGUGCCAAGGCUCGCAAGUACAAGGAUCAACGCUCCUCCGAAAUUCACGAGAGCAAGCGGAGGAAGUCCAGCACCCAGAUGACCGGCUGCAAGUUCCGACUGACAGCCAAGCCGCUACCUGAUGGCAAGUGGCUGUUAGAGGUGCCUGAAGGGGAGUUCUCAAGUCACAAUCACGGCUGGAAUGAAGCGACUUCGUUUGCUUUGAACCGCACCCGAGUUUUGGCUGUCCAUCAGGAAGAGGUCAUCCAGACGGCCAACGCUGGCAGUAGACCUUCUCAGAUUCUUGCUGCGAUAGAUGCUGCCUGGGUUGGAGUCAUGGGCAAGGACAUAAGGAAUCUUCUUCAAAAACAUCGCCGCCAGGAGCUCCGGGGCCGUUCGCCACUCCAAACCUUGUACGAGGACUUCCUUGUACCUGCUGAGAGCCAGUACGAGUACAUCGACACCCGGGACAACCAAAAUCGCAUUACCUCUCUUACCAUCGCUCCCAAGAGCGGCCUGGAGCUCUUCAAGCAGGAUCCCGACCUCCUUUUACUGGAUUCCAUCUACGAAACCAAUUGCCACGGGAUGCCAAUGUUUAACGCCUGCGGCGUUACACAGGAAAACAAGACUUUUAACUGGUCGAUCACGUUCAUGAGCGGGGAGAAGCAGGAUCAUUACGAAGGCGCCCUGGAUGCCCAGCUGAGGAUCCUGACGAAGCACAACAUUCGCCUGCCUGGUCUGAUUGUUACAGAUCGUGAACUAGCCCUGCUCAAUGCCCUCGAAGCUAGCGAUGCGUGGCGCCCGAUUCCACACCUCCUCUGCCGCUGGCACGUUAACAUGAACGUGCUUUCCAAGACCCGACGAUUCUUUCCAGCAGCAAUCAAGCAGGGCAGCGAAUACCACCGUCACCCUAAGUUCAAGGAAUUCCUGAAGGAAUGGAACGCUCUCCUGUCCGCCAGUACUCCCAAAGCCGCCCUUGACCACAACACUUCCUGGAACACGAACAAGGUCCCUACUCGCUGUCAUAGCGUCAUCUACAGCUACAUCCGGGGCCAGAUUUCAACUUACGCGUUGCAUUUGCUUGCUACUGAAGUGGCAAAGCUACCCGCGAAAGACGCGCCGGGUGGGAAGGGCGAUAUUUGCACAUGUCCGCUGCCGGCUACCCAUGGGCUUCCCUGCCGCCACACUCUCUAUAAGCAUCUUACCGAGGAGCAGCAGAUCGUCAACGUCGUGCCAAAUAUUCCCGUUGAGCCCGUCAAGGUCAAGGGUAAAGGCAGACCUGCUGGGGCCAUCGCCUCGGUCUCUGCUUCGAAGAAGAAGGGUGAGGGAAUCACUGGUACCAAGCGGCUGCCUUCGGCGUUCGAAUAUGAGCUCGAGAAUGAACCAGCUACGGCUGUGCCCCCGUCAACUGCUCCUUCCAUAAUGAAGGGAGCAUCGGCGGGCAAGCCACGCGGCCGCCCUCGCAAACAACAACCGCAGCUACAAGCUCAGCGGCAAACUCAGGAAGCUGACUGCAUUGUGGUAGCAGUUACAUCAGAGACGGAGGCAGCCACAUCAACUCCUGCAGUCAGAACUACAAAGCUGGGGUUACUGCGGCUGCAGGAAGUUGAAGAAGAUCUAUACGAGCCUGGAACGGCACCGCCGCGAGCGUAUUAG